CCCUGCAGUUGGCCGAAAAUUGUUUUUCUUUCAGGUGUAGAUGUUGAAUAGGCCUUAUUAGCAUGUUAAAAUGGCUGUGCGCAAAGACGCCAUCCCUUCCCUGUCGGAAUGCCAGUGCCAAAUCUGCACGGAAAUCCUUAUCGAGCCCGUAACCCUCCCUUGCAACCACACGCUGUGUAAUCCGUGCUUCCAGUCGACUGUCGAGAAGGCAAGUUUAUGCUGUCCCUUUUGUCGCCGCCGGGUAUCUUCGUGGACUCGGUACCAUACCCGAAGAAAUUCUCUUAUCAAUAUGGACCUGUGGAAGACAAUUCAAAAACACUAUCCAAAGGAAUGUAAGCUUAGAGGCUCUGGGCAAGCAUCAGAGGAAAUGGUCGAUGACCAUCCGCCAGUUCGUCUAUUAAGUAAACCUGGGGAACUGAGAAGAGAAUAUGAAGAGGAGGUAAGCAAGGUGCAGGCAGAGCGACGGGCCAGUGAGGAAGAAGAAAACAAAGCCAGCGAAGAAUACAUACAGAGAUUAUUGGCAGAGGAGGAAGAGGAGGAAAAAAGACAGUCAGAAAAAAGGCGAAGAGAGAUGGAAGAACAACUGAAAAGUGAUGAAGAACUGGCAAGAAAGCUAAGCGCUAAUAUCAACAAUUUUUAUGAGGGAAGUAUCCUGGCUUCUCCCUUGAAUUCCAGAAAAUCUGCUCCAGUAACAAGCAAGUCUGAAAAGAAAAGUAAGAACAAGCAAAGAAACACUGGAGAUAUUCAGAAGUAUUUAUCACCUAAAUCUCAAUUUGGGUCAGCAUCACAGUCUGAAGUUGUACAAGAAGUCAGGAAAAACUCCAUAUCUAAGGAAAUGGACAGUAGUGAUGUGAGAAGUCCUACAUGGCAAGACACAAAAGCUGAAGAAGAUAUGCCAACACUUUCUCCACAAAUAUGCCUUGAAAUUCAAGAACAAGUUACAGAGUCUUCAAUAGAGUCACCUAUGCCAUGGUUAUGUGCCUAUAGUGCAGAACAGUGCCUUGAAGGAAAAGUCAAAACAGAACUAAACAAUCAUGAUAAAGAGUUGUGUGUCUUAAAUCAUGAGGGACCUCAAACCAGAGUUUUCUACUCUGAAGAAGCCACAGUUGAGCCUUGUGGCAAAACAGAGAGUGGGUGCACUAUAUCAGGUAUGACACGAAUAAUUGCAAACAGCACAAUUGAGACAGAACAUGAAGAGUCUCACCAGAUCAGUAAGGAUAUUUCCAAAAGAAAAAACGAGGAAUCUCUGUUUAAAGCAGUUGGGGAUCCAUGCUUUUCUGCAAAAAGAAGAAAAAUGUUCCCUAAAUCUUCCUCAGAUCAAAAGGAAACAGAAAUAAACUUAACCCAAAAACUGAUAGAUUUGGAGCAUCUACUAUUUGAGAGACGUAAACAGGAAGAACAGGACAGGUUAUUAGCAUUACAACUUCAGAAAGAGGCGGAUAAAGAACAAAUGAAGCCAAACCGGCAAAAAGGAUCUCCAGAUGAAUAUCAGUUACGGGCUACCCCCUCACCUCCAGACAGAUUGCUAAAUGGACAGAGGAAGAAUUCCAAAGAUAAGAACUUAAAAAGGCAAACUGACAUAGAGCAUUCAAAACCUCGGAGAGGCUCAAGAGAUGAAAAUUGGCAGCCUUCUUUUAAGAUCCAGCUGAGGCAUUCAGUUAAUGGAAGAAAGAUGCCAAAUUCUACUAGAGAUGAUUGUAAUGUAUCUAAAAGUGCUCAUUCCCUACAGCAUAGUAAUUCACAGAAAAGUAUUUUUCAGAUGUUUCAGAGAUGUGCAAAGUAAUGCAUGAGUAAAGGGAGUGUUUGGUAAUCUAGUGAAGCUGGAUUGUG